UUCAAUUCGAGGCUGGCGUCGCCACACAGCAACGGCGUCAUUCUUGGGUCAAUUGUUUGUAAAAUUCGAUGUAAUUAUAAGCUAGCUCGUCUACGUCUGAAAAUAUACAAAUUAUGUUUAGUAGAGACUCAAGACUGACUGUAAUGCAAGAUUCAGUCUGCGGCUCGGUUAGCGGAAUAAUAUCACGGACAUUGACGGCGCCGCUAGACGUCACCAAAGUUCUUUACCAGGUUGGAGUGCCGCACGCAAACCAGAGAGCGUAUUUAGGCGGCGGUCUGUACAAUCUGGCGAAGUAUAUGAAACAGACUGAAGGUAUCCGAUCACUCUUCAAAGGGAAUUUCACAAGCUGCUUCAAGAUGUUUCCCGCAUCAAUCAUUCAGUUUUCAACCUACUAUGGGUUGAAAAUAUUCUUUGCUGGAGAAACUGGCGAAAUGACUUUAGCUCAGACGGCAUUUGCAAGCGCUGCGGCCGGCUAUACAUCGACUAUUCUGACUUACCCGAUAGAUACGGUCAAGACACGGCUUAUUGUUCAACCUGUUAUUAACGACCGGUCGUUCUACAAAGGUGUUUUUGACUGCUGGAGAAUGAUGAUGUAUACAGAAGGAGUUAAGUCGUUAUGGAAAGGUCUAUCGGCGGCGUUAUUAGCUACUGUGCCUUCAACGAUGUCGCUUUUUAUGACGUACGAACUGCUGAACAUACACUUCAUAAGAUCCGACUUUCCCAAGAUUGCCAACGACUGUAUAAUAGAUGGGAAGAGAGUUACACAUGGCAUGACUGCAGCAUUUAUCUCCCUUCUUGUUACACACCCGUUUGAUACUUGUCGCAAGAAAAUGCAGGCCUUCUCAACACACCUGGAGAACCAUGGCGGAGUGGACUUUGAGGUUAAAAGUUUGAGACAAUGUUUUCGGCAUAUUUGGCGUAACCAAUGGUUCUUCGGACUGUACGCAGGGCUUGCACCUGCUGCGCUAAGGUUAGUGCCAUUCAAUACAUUGAUGUUGUUGUCGUACAACUGGUGUAAGCGGAAAUGUUUACGUCACAAUGGCUUGCCCGAAGAUGACGAAGAGCGAAGAUUCACACGGCACGAGGAGGAUUUGGACGAUUUGGAGUACAUGAUACUGGAAGACUUGUUGAAUGAAGACCCGCCUGCGGUGAUGUAUGAGAAAAUAUACAUCCUAGAACAACAACAAAUGAAGAGAAAACGGAAGCAAGAAUUUAAAAAAUGAAAUAUUUUUCACUAAAAAUGAAUAAAUUUUAAGUCUUUGUUUAUUUAAAUUUAUGA